ACAAAUUAUGUUCCCCACCAGUAGCACCGUCUCUUUCUUCUUCUUCUUCUUCCUAAUCUCACUAGCCGCCCUCCACGGCGGCGACGGAGCCAGUCAUAGUAAACUCCGACAUGGGUAUUACUCCACCACUUGCCCUGCUGCCGAAAUCACAGUCAAAAAAGUCAUCAGAAAAAACAUGAUUAGUGAACCCAGAAGCGCUGCUUCUGUUAUGCGCCUUCAGUUCCACGAUUGCUUUGUCAAUGGAUGCGAUGCUUCACUGUUACUAGAUGACACUCCAAACAUGUUAGGAGAAAAGGAAUCCUUCGCCAACGGAGGCUCUUUAAGAAGAUACGAUAUCAUCGAUGAAGCCAAAGCCAACCUCGAACGAAUCUGCCCCGGAGUCGUCUCUUGCGCUGACAUUAUCAUCAUGGCGGCCAGGGAUGCUGUAUUUUUCAGCGGAGGGCCGGAUUGGGCGGUGAAAUUGGGUAGAAAAGACGGUCUCACCGCCAGCCUACAGGAUUCCAAUGAUAUCAUGCCCACCCCAAGAGCAAACGCAACUUAUCUCCUCGGUCUCUUCCAGAGAUUCAACCUCUCCGCCAAAGAUCUCGUGGCGCUUUCCGGGUCUCAUUCGAUCGGUAAAGGAGAUUGUAUUGGAAUGGUCUUUCGACUCUAUAAUCAGUCCGGGUCUGGUAAGCCUGACCCGGCUAUGGAAAUUGGAUACAGGAAGAGGAUGGAGAAGUUCUGCCCACCGUGGGGUGCUAUCUCGAAUGUAACCGUGGACUUAGAUCCGACGCCGAAAGUGUUCGAUAACAAGUAUUAUAAGGAAUUGAUUAAGGGAAAAGGAUUUUUUAAUUCGGAUCAAUCACUGUAUACGUUGCCCGAGACUAGGAAGUAUGUGGAGAGAUUCAGUAGAGGGGAGAAGGAAUUCUUUGAAGCUUUUGCCAAGGGGAUGAUCAAGAUGGGCGAUCUCCAAUCAGGUAGAUCCGGCGAGAUUAGAAGGAACUGUAGGGUGGUCAAUCACCAUCAUUGAUUAAUUAGCUGCUGUUUCAAGGAAGAAGAAGAAGAAGAACUGAAGGAGUUUUAAGGUUGAAGACAUCUGAUCUAAUUACUUACUUAAAUCAGAUAUCACUUUCUAAGUUUCGUCUAAGUUUAAUUAAGUGUAAUGUUGCAUGA